AUGGACCAAUGGACAGGAUGGUCCGGCGAAUGUAGGAUCAGGGGAACCGACCUGUCCGGUUGCUCGACACUGAGGCUCCUUGUGGGGCUGGCUGUUGCGGAGCUGCGGCAUUUGGCUUGCAAAGAGAAGGACAAGGAUGACAAGAAGAAAAAGCAGCAAGCUGUGAAACAGCUGAAGGAGCAGGUUGCGCAGUUGACGCAGGAAAAGAACACCCUCAGCGAGGAGGUCAAAAGCAAUGCCCGAGACGCCUCUGCCAAGGCCAGGCAGAUAGCCGAGCUCACCGCACAGGUCUCCCAGCAGCAGAGCACCAUCGCCAGCCUCCGGGCCGAAGUCGCAAAGAAGCAGCCCAGUGCUGCGGCCGGCAACGCCGAGAUGGAGGCAAAGAGGUUGGAGAAGCUCACCGCAGAGGCAUCGCGGCAACAACAGGAGAUUGCAUCCCUCACCUCCCAGCUCUCAGCAUUGAAAAUCAAGCACGAGACGCUGCAACAGGAGUACGGUGACCCGUCGCUUCGGUACUUCCUGGCCUCUAAGGCAACGAAGGUCUACGGAGAUCCAGGCAUCCAAGGUGCCGCCAACAAGACCUUCAAGUACGUGCUGCCGCACAUCGCCGAGGCGCUGAAGACCAGCACCGAGGUGUACGCGGCACUGAACGAAUCACUGCUGGAUUCGAUGCAUAGUAUCUUGGGAUCAGAGACAUCCUUCGAGCCAAUGCUGCCGACGAUGUCUGCCUUCCUCGUCUAUGGCAUGAUCUGCUGCCCCGUAGGCCUGAUGCUCUCCUACGCGCUCGAAUGGGUUUGCAAGCUCCGGGAGCUCCUGCUUGCAACCUCUUUCUAUCUGUUUUGCCUUUCCGCACUGGCGGCCGGUUUCGUCGCCAUCACGCAGCGGGAUCCGCUGAAGGAGCUCUACGAGCAUGACUCUUCAGUCUUCGUACUGCAGCAGUCGGGCUUCUUCGUGAUCUUGGUCGUCCAGCUAUUGCUGAUCGCGAUUGCACUCUGUGGUGCGGCCAGCGCAGAUGAUGUGCCGGUCCAGGCAGGUCUGUCGAAGAUAACGAAGCAUCUCAGAAGCCACGAUAGUGAUGAUAGUGAUGAUGGUGAUGCUGAUGAUGAUGGUGACGGUGAUGAUGAUGGUGAUGAUUGCAACGUCGCAGUCGUCGUCGUAGUCACCGUCUCCACUGUCAUCGUCGUUGUGGCUUUCGUUGUGGUCGGCGCUGGUCCUCGUGUUCGUUGUCGUGGUCGUUGUCGCGGGUUGUGGUUGUGGUUGUGGUUGUUGUGGUUGUGGUUGUGGUGGUGGUGGUGGUGGUGGUGGUGGUGGUGGUGGUGGUGGUGGUGGGAUUGGUGGUGCUGGUGGUGGUUGUGGUUGUGGUUGUGGUUGUUGUUGUGGUAG